AUGUUGCACGACGUGUUUUUUAAUGGUGCCUCUUGGCCCCGGAAAGUUCCAAAUGGAAUCUACACAGAACGCUGGUCAUCACCGGCUUUUCACAACAGAAAUUCAAAGUUCAGGGAGAAGCUCCCGUGGGAUGUCGGAGAGAAGGCUAGGCCGGCAGCCGUGGAAUCUCCUCGCUGUCAACGAGGGAAGGUUUUCCUCUGCCGACACCUCCACCAGGCUGUAAGGGAAGAGAGCCAUGCCUCGUGCAUAUUUGCAUGUGUUGUAGCAAGUACAAUGCUUGGUGAAGAGUGGAUGUUCUAUAAUCUUCGAAAAGAACAUACAACACUUUUAGAGAAAAUAUCCCUAUUAAUUCUGGAUGAAAUGCCAAAAGCUGAAUACUCCAGUUUAUUCAACGAUUUUGUUGAAUCUGAAUUUUUUUUGAUUGAUGGAGAUUCACUACUUAUCACAUGCAUAUGUGAUAUAUCAUUAAAACUGGGGCAGAAUCUUCAUUUUUUCUAUCUGGUUGAACGCUAUCUUGUGGACCUUACUAGUAAAGGAGGACAAUUUGCCAUAGUUUUCUUCAAGGAUGCUGAGUGUGCAUAUUUCAACUUCCCUGAACUUCUUUCUUUGAGAACUGCGUUAAUCCUUCAUCUUCAGGAGAACACCACUGUUGAUGUUCAGACUAAAUUUUCUGGAUGCUUAUCAAGAGAGUGGAACAUUUUCUUGGAGGAGAGUUGCCCAUAUUUCCUGAUAGUUUCAGACGAAGGCCUGAAUGAUGCGCAAACGCACCUGUUCAACUUUUUAAUCAUUCAGUCUUGGGCAGUGAAGAUCAAUGCUGUGCUCUCCUCAGGGCAAGCAUCUGGCAUUCUUCGACUUUACGCGUACCUUCUUCCCAGCAUGCACAGAAACCGCAAAUUUUUCGAGCAGAAUAAAAAGGAGAUUGAACGUGCUUAUAUAACUCUGCUUAAACAAUUGGAAGAAAGUAGAGCUUUAGCAUUAGCACCUCUUUUUGGAAAUUUGAAAUGGAAAAAUAUGAUGGAAGAGGCACGUGAGACUAUAUCUCUGCUUAAGCAAGUGUGGCCAGAAGGAUCUGACAUUCGGCGUGUCCUCUGUGUUACUUCAUGCUCACUAUCUUUGAGAAUGUACCAUCACUUUUUAGAAAACAGGAAGAACUCCUCUGGUCAGAAGGCUGACAGUGAACAGAUGAAAGGUAAUUGCUUGACCCUGCAGGAUAUGGAAGAUUUGUGUAGACUGUACUGUCUCAAUGUGGUUUUCUUACUCAAUCUGCCUCUUUCUCAAAGAGCUCAUACUAGAGUCAUCACUUCCAGUUGGAUUAAGGACGUGCAAACAUUAUUUAAAAUGAAAAAGUGGUGUGAAUAUUUCAUCCUAAGUAAUAUACAUAUGUUUGAAUUUUGGAAUUUGAAUUUAAUUCACCUUCCUGACUUAAGUGAUGAGCCAUUAUUGAAGAAUAUUGCUUUUUACUAUGAAAAUGAAAAUGCACAAACAAAAGAAAAGAAAGAACAUGAAAAUGUACAAGGCCUACAGUUGAAUUUGGGAAAUGUCAUUGUGAAAGAUUAUGAACACCUCUGGAGUGCUGUAUCCACGUUAGUCAGAAAGUUUGAGGUUGGACAGCCAUUUCCCGUGAGAACCACAAAACUUCAUUUUCUCAAAAAUAAAUCAUCACCAAUCAAAGACAGCUCCAAGGAAAAGAUGCCUAAUUUGGGCUUUAUUCCAAUGUCAUCUAAUGUGGUCGAUAAGUUUGCUGGAGAUAUUUUGAAAGAUUUGCCUUUUCUAAAGAGCGAUGAUCCUACUGUCACUUCACUGGUGAAACAAAAGGAAUUUGAUGAACUUGUGCACUGGCAUUCUCACAAACCCCUCAGUGAUGAUUACGACAGGUCCAAGUGUCAGUUUACUGAAAGCUCUAAAGACCCUCGUGUUCUUAAAUCCCUGCAAAAGUAUCAUGUUUUUCAGCGAUUUUAUGGGAAUUCAUUAGAAUCAAUAUCUUCAAAACUCAUCGUGACUCAAACUGCCAAGUCAAAGAAGAGUUUUAGUGAGCCCAAGAGCAAAAAGACACAUGAGACCAAGGCUGAAAUAAUUACCAGAGAGAACAAGAAGAGGUUACUUGCCAAGGAAGAGCAAAAAGAAGAGCAAAAGUGGAGUGCUCUGUCGUUUUCUAUUGAAGAAGAAAUGAAAGAAAAUUUAAAUUCUGGAAUAAAAAGCCUGGAAGAGUUUUUGAAAUCUUGUAAAAGUAAUUCAGUGAAACUUCGAGUUGAAGUAGCAGGGCUCACUGCCUGCCUGAAAACCUGGAAAGAACAUUGUCGAAGUGAAGAAGGCAAAAUCACAAAAGAUUUAAGUAUAGCUGUUCAGAUGAUGAAAAGGAUUCACUCCUUGAUGGAAAAAUACCCAGAACUUUUGCAAGAAUCAGAUCGAGAACUCAUAGCCAGAUGUCUUAAGUAUUUAGGAUUCAAUGAAUUGGCAAGUUCUUUAUCUCCAACCCAGAAGGCAGGAGAUGACAUAAAGAAGAAGAAAAGUGACAAAUAUUCCAUUGGCAUUGGGCCAGUUCGGUUUCAGCUGCAAUACAUGGGCCAUCACUUGAUACGAGAUGAAAGAAAAGAUCCAGAUCCCAGAGUCCACGACUUUAUUCCUGACACGUGGCAGCGAGAGCUCCUGGAUGUGGUGGAUAACUACGAGUCGGCAGUGAUCGUGGCCCCCACGUCCUCAGGCAAAACCUACGCUUCCUACUACUGCAUGGAGAAGGUGCUGAAGGAGAGCGAUGAUGGGGUGGUUGUCUACGUGGCCCCAACCAAGGCCCUUGUUAAUCAAGUAGCAGCAACUGUUCAAAAUCGGUUUACUAAAAACCUGCCAAGUGGGGAAGCUCUAUGUGGUGUUUUUACGAGGGAGUAUCGCCACGAUGCCCUAAACAGUCAGGUACUUAUCACAGUGCCUGCCUGCUUUGAAAUUCUACUACUUGCACCUCAUCGUCAAAACUGGGUAAAAAAGAUCAGAUACGUUAUAUUUGACGAGGUUCAUUGUCUUGGUGGAGAAAUUGGAGCAGAAGUCUGGGAGCAUCUCCUGGUCAUGAUUCGAUGUCCCUUCUUGGCUCUUUCAGCUACCAUUAGUAACCCUGGACAUCUCACUGAGUGGCUACAGUCAGUGAAAUGGUACUGGAAACAAGAAGACGAAAGAGUGGGAAAAAAUCUUGCUUCUAAAAGACAUGCAGGCUAUCGUGCCCAUGUUCCCAAAGACUGCUCGCAAGGAAAACAGUCACAUAAAGUUAGACUCGUGCUCUAUGGAGAGAGAUACAAUGACCUAGAGAAGCACAUCUGUUCAAUAAGACAUAAUGACAUUUAUUUUGACCAUUUUCACCCAUGUGCUGCGCUCACAGCAGAUCAU